AUGGUGAAGACCAACCGCUUCAUUGUCAUUUGUACAAACACAGCUCUAUCUCUCAUAAAGUUGAUCAAGGCAAGCACUAUCACAGUGGUCACCACAAAUGCGCAGCACAUUUCUCAAUUCGACGGCUAUUUGCUGGAGGUCACAUUGUUGGAGUCAAAAUUCUCCCCCAAAUCAUCAGAUGAGCCACGAAUGAGCAUUAUGAUUCUCUUGAGAGACCUUCCGUCCUUCUACGAAACGCUCAAUCGACCUAUCGCCGAUGCAGCUGUCACAAUUGACGUGAAGGUCGCGCCUCUACUUAACAAACCGAUUCCCAUCUACAAAGAUACUCUCCACCCCUUCAUUUCCCAGGAAAUACAGCGCAGCUUGCUAGCACCUUUCUCAGCCUACAUUCGAGUUGUCCCGGAUGUUCGGGUGCAUGGCCACGUAUCACACCAACUCGCGAUCACAACUGUGAAAGACAUGCGCAAGGACGAAUGGACCUACCUUCGAGCGGUAGACGACGGUGAGGUUACAGUGAUGGAGGAAAGCCUUCGUGUGAUGAUAGAAGAAACUGUUUUUACAGCGGAAGAAUGCAGGAGGACAGGCUACUGGCACGAGGGCUGCAGAUGGACGCCUUCAGCUCUUCUAUUCGCUACCUUUCUUCAAUGGCGGACGUUGCUCGUCAUGUUUAUUGACGGCAAUAUCGAUGCUACUCGGGCGCUCCGUCUUUUCGAUACGGCAAUCGUUUUUAGCCCCGACGAAAACGAUAUGGAGAAGGGACGUGCCGCCAUCGUCAAGUGGCGUGAUUCCGGAAAGAACUACGAUGCUAACUCAGCUGCACCACAUGCGAUGGAAAUCUAG